UGGCCCUCUCCUCCCUCCCUGUGUUUUAGUGUUGCAGACCAGGCGCCAUCUUGUCUAGGAGAAAUAAACGGUCGUCGUUGUGUGGAAUUCGCGCUAAGAAGACAAGAUGCUGUACCUGGAGGAUUACCUGGAGAUGAUCGAGCAGCUUCCCAUGGAUCUGCGCGACAGGUUUACGGAAAUGCGGGAGAUGGACCUGCAGGUGCAGAAUGCAAUGGACCAGUUAGAACAGCGGGUCGGAGAGUUUUUUGCUAAUGCAAAGAAGAACAAGCCUGAAUGGAGGGAUGAACAAAUGACGGCUAUUAAAAAAGAUUAUUUUAAAGCCUUGGAAGAUGCAGAUGAGAAAGUGCAGCUAGCAAAUCAAAUCUAUGAUUUGGUAGACCGUCAUUUGAGAAAACUUGACCAGGAACUGGCAAAAUUUAAGAUGGAACUGGAGGCUGAUAAUGCUGGCAUUACUGAAAUAUUGGAAAGAAGGUCGUUGGAACUAGACACACCAUCCCAGCCUGUGAAUAACCACCAUUCUCAUUCCUCAGGAGAGAAAAGGAAGCACAAUCCAUCAUCCCAUCAUUCUACUACAGACCAUGUACCAGAGAAAAAAUUCAAGUCUGAGGCGUUGUUAUCAACACUUACUUCUGAUGCAUCUAAAGAAAAUACUCCAGGGUGUAGAAAUACUUUGUCCUCCACUACUACUAAUGUUUACAACGUGAAUUCCUCCCAGCCGCUGGCAUCCUAUAACUUGACUUCUCUUUCAAGUGGAGCUGCUGCAGGGGCUGGAGCUGGGGCCAUUACCAUGGCAGCGGCUCAAGCAGUUCAAGCCACGGCACAGAUGAAGGAAGGAAGAAGAACGUCCAGUAUGAAAGCCAGUUACGAGGCCUUUAAAAAUAAUGACUUUCAACUUGGGAGAGAGUUCUUGUCUAGAGACUCUACAAGUUUUUCCACUUCAGCCUUGGCUUCUACGCUAACACAGACCUUGACAUCUUCAGCAACCACAGACUCAAGAAGUGGGCGGAAAAACAAGGGCAAUAAUAAAUCUUCAAGUCAACAAUCUUCCUCAUCAUCUUCCUCUUCAUCAUUAUCCUCUUGCUCGUCAUCAUCCGCUCUAGCACAUGAGCUGUCUCAUCAACAAACGGCAGCUAUUCCAGAGUCCGAUUCUAAUAAUCAAGUUGACUGGACAUAUGAUCCCAAUGAGCCCCGCUAUUGCAUCUGUAAUCAGGUAUCUUAUGGUGAAAUGGUAGGCUGCGAUAACCAAGAUUGCCCUAUUGAAUGGUUUCAUUAUGGAUGUGUAGGAUUAUCAGAAGCUCCCAAAGGAAAGUGGUAUUGUCCACAGUGCACAGCUGCCAUGAAAAGAAGAGGAAGCAGACAUAAAUAAAAUGGGGGGAAAAAAAAACUUUAAACCUCUAAACUUACACCUCUAACUUUUUUUUUUUUUUUUUAUCACACUGAAGACUUGCUCAUCAUUUCAUAUUCACAACAGUUUGCUAAGUGGAUUGGAGAGUCACUGAAGUAUUCAAAAGAAUGCUAUCAGUACAUCAUCUCAUAUGUCAAUAUUUGGCAUUUUGAAAUUAUAUUUCUUUCUAUAUGUCCUUAUGGGAUUUCAAUGCUGAGGGUUUAUCUCUAACUUCUGUGCAUAUUUUACAGAGGUAUGUCUUGCACGAAAUGAAAGGCUAUAAUUGAACAUGGUAUACAAUGUCACAGGAUCUACUAGUAACUAAGAGUAUGCAGUAAUUUUUAAGCUCUUUUUUUUUUUUUUUUUUUUUUAUAUGUAUAUUGUUUCCUUAAAAAAAACAUAUCUCAGCUGGCUGAAGAAACUCGUCUGUAUUGUUGGGCUGGCAUCCAUUAACUCUGUACAUAACCUAUUUAAUCUGUUAUGUGAAAAAGCCAAUUUUUGUUAUUGUUGCUACACAAACACUGGUAUCAACAUCGGUGUGAUUCCUUUUCUACCAAAUGAUUUUUUUUUUUUUUGUGCGUUUUUUUCAAUGUAGUAGUCACAAGCAAGUAAAAUAAAACGUAUUCGACAUUUUGUUAUGAAUUAACAAUAAGGAAGUAUGAUAUUGUGAAUAUUUCUUACAUUUUGACUGGUAGGCUGUUCUGUGAUGAGAUGUUCUGGCUUUGUAGAUGAUUAAAUAAUUAAUAAAUCCAAAAGAAGUUGCUUUAUAUUCC